UAGAAAGAUAUGAUUAUUUUACAACUCUCAUUUUACAUUGCAUUUUAAGUUAUGUUAAUUACAUUGUUUAUACACAAGGGAAUACAAUAAGCUGUUUCCGUGAAGGUUUAUAUUUUCUGCACACGUAUAUAAUUUGUGUUGUUAGGCACAUCCUGUUGUAAAGUUGUAAACUUGACAGUAAACUUCAUGAACUUUUGUCAUGAAAACAUAAUGGAAAUAAUAUGUAUAAACUGUCGUUGGUGUUCUUUGUAGUGUGUAUAUGGCACACGACUAGCAAUGAGCACUUUUUCAAGAACUUUUGGAGUCCAUACGAUGAGAAAUUCGGGUAUUUCUCAGAAAGUGAACGGUUGGAGACGCUUAAGGGUGUCAAAGAAAUGUUCUAUUUCGGAUAUGACAAUUACAUGAAACAUGCUUAUCCUAAGGAUGAACUUGAUCCUAUACAUUGUACUGGGAGAGGUCCUGAUUAUGAAAAUCCGUCCAAUAUAAAUAUUAAUGAUGUGCUUGGAGAAUACAGCCUCACGCUGGUGGACACAAUGGACAUGUUGGCUAUCAUGGGAAAUACAACUGAAUUUAAAAAAGCAGCUCAACUGAUAGCAGACAAUCUAACCUUCCAGAACACAACUGUGCAAGUGUUUGAAGCAACUAUCAGGGUACUAGGUGGUCUUCUGUCUGCUCAUCUGUUGAUAGUUGACCCAGAGAAGCCAUUUGGUGACCUCAACCCUGUAGAUUACAGCGGUGAAUUGCUCAGUCUUGCCCAUGAUCUUGCCUCCAGGCUCAUUCCUGCUUUUGACAACACUGCCACUGGUAUCCCCUACCCAAGAAUAAAUUUAGAGAAUGGUGUACCUGCUGACUGUACCAAUGAAACUUGCACAGCUGGAGCAGGUACAUUGGUUCUAGAAUUCGGGGUUCUAUCUCGUCUCCUUGGUGACCCAACAUAUGAGUCUGUGGCCCGGAAAGCUGUACGCCAAAUCUGGGCCCUUAGGUCCAAUGUCACAGGGCUAAUAGGUAAUGUGAUCAACAUACAGAGUGGUGAAUGGGUGGGGAAAAUGAGUGGCUUAGGAGCCGGCCUGGACUCAUUCUUCGAAUACAUGCUCAAAAGUUUUAUUUUGUUUGGUGAUAAAGAAGACAUUCGAUUUUUCAAGGAAUCAUAUGAGACAAUCAAGUACCACAUGAGACGAGGGAGGUUGAAAUGCAACAAGGGUGAAGGAAACACGCCAUUAUAUGUGAACGUUCACAUGUCUUCAGGAGAGGUUGCUAACUACUGGAUAGAUGCCCUGCAAGCUGCGUGGUCUGGAGUGCAGGUCCUACAUGGAGACAUUGAGGAGGCCAUCUGUUCCCAUGCCAUCUACUACUCCAUAUGGCGCAAAUAUUCCUCUCUGCCAGAGAGAUUUAACUGGCACCUCAAGGCCCCUGAUGUGCCAUUUUACCCAUUACGACCGGAGCUGAUUGAAUCCACCUACUACCUGUACCAAGCAACUAAAAAUCCAUUCUACCUUCAUGUGGGGCGAGACAUCUACAAUAGCAUUAACACACAUGCCAAAGCAGAGUGUGGAUAUGGGACAAUACAUGAUGUGAACACCAAGGAGCUGGAAGAUCGGAUGGAGAGCUUCUUCCUCAGUGAAACCUGCAAAUACCUCUACCUGCUUUUCGAUAAAGACAAUCAUUUAAACAAGCAUGCAGCAGGAUAUAUUUUCAACACUGAAGGCCACAUAUUUCCAGUAAGUCGAGAAUUCCGAAAGAAAGUGUGGGAGGAAGAACUCUCCGCUUGGGAGGUAGACAAGGGAGACGACUCAUAUAUGAAUGAAGACUUUAAAACUGAAGGAGGUGAUAUACCUUUCAGUAAAGCUGUUGUUGUUGAUGCGAGGACUAAUGCAUCUACUUUUAACUGUGAUAACAUUCCAAGUAUAAGACGGUAUGCACUUCCAUUACACAGCAAAUAUAUGGAACAGAUUGAUCGGGCAAUAGGGAUCAAUUUGGACUUCUAAAUGGCUCCAUAUUUUUAAUGCAUUUGUUUUACAUGAAAUUUAGUUUUGUUUGUUAAUGGUAUAUAUUGAUAUUAUAUGCUGCAGUCAGCUUGUGUCCUUAUAUUUUAAGCAAUACAAUUAUUUUUCUUGUUUUAUGGUUACAAGUUUGUGCUUUCUUCUUUUCAUUUGGUGGGGGUUGGGGACACUUCCUAUAAGCAGACUCCAUGAUAACAAUUCUGGAGAAAUCCAUGUUUGAAUAGUCAAAAUAUUGAUUUCUUAUAGUUUGUUAGUUAUGUGUUUUCUAAUAGAAUAUAAUUUUUAAUUUUUCUGAGGGCUGCUGCACACAUCCCCAGCUUAUUCCUGCGCAAAAGUAGUCUGACAUCAAUUUGAUACUUCAAAAUGAGGACAGUUUCAUUGGAAUUUACCCCUUUUCUAAUGAGCAGGACGAAAAAGAACCAUUUUUUCAAAUAUAGGUGUUUUUCAGUUGUUAUUAGUUUCCAUAUGUGAAAAUGUGACAUUAUUUGUUGUGCAAAAGGUGUUUUUAAUAGAAAGUUUAAAACGGAAAUGACACAUAACUCAGGAACUCCAAAGAUAUAUGUGUUCAUCUGAUGUUGCUAUGCAAUAUUGCUUGUUGUCAACGUUGAUGUUCACCAUGUAAUAGUAACAUAUACAUGCAGGCUUGCAUUUAAUGCUAUUUUGUUUAUAUUUAAAUGAUGUGUUUCAUUGUUAUUAUGUUUAUUUAUGUUAGAAAGUUUUUAACAAAGUUUCAUUUUUUUUUAAUUAGAAUGCUCAACAAUUACUAUGGUGGGGGUGGGGGUUGAGCAAGCAGAUAAUUUAAAGUGUAAGAUUGAAUCUUUAGCCAAUGUGUAAAACAAGACGGGGUGUUGCAAAAGAGGGACUGGGUGAGAGAAAAUGGCACAUUGUAUUGUUUGGCUGUGAAGAACUUGAACAUUAUGAAUUUGACGGAAAAAGUUGUGAAGUAAUAUGUCGUCACCCAAGUGCAUUAACUGAAUAACUGCAUUUGGAAAUGGAAGCAGAUAUUGAGUUAUUGCAUUAAGUUUGUAUGCAUUUAUAUUAAAAAAAAAAUAUCUGUAUUUCACAUUUCAUUCUAUGAAGGCAAAAGAGUGCACAUGCCAAGCAGAGGGUACCAAAAAGUAUUGGGUGCGGCACCCUGCCAUAACUCUUAAGCUAGAACCCUAGUGAAUCACAAAUAGGCUAGUUUGAGUACUGAAUAAAACACAGCUUUUAAUGCAGCACCAUUAUAGUUCAAUAUUAAUCAAACACCAAUUAGCUUGCCGCAGUAGGAUAGUUUCUCAUAUAAUUUACUAAACUGGUAUCUUAAGGUUGCACUCUCACAGAUUGAUCAUUUUGAAAACUUUUAUUUUUUAAUUAGUUAAAGUGGCACUCUUAUUCAAAAUCAAUACAAACACAUGUAUUACAAACAUCAAUUUUGACUGAUAAACCUAUAACUACUUACUAAAUAAUGCAUUUAUAAAAAAAUAUUUAUUACUGAUAACAAGAUUGUAACUGUGUAUUUAAUAGCAGAAAGCGUGUAUUUAAUAGCAGAAAGCGUGUAUUUAAUAGCAGAAAGUGCAAAAAGUAUUAAAUGAUUGGUGAAUGCUAAAAGAUUUACUGUGGUCUACUAUAGUCUCAGAAGGUAGAAAUAACAUGUUUUAUGUGCAUUUCUUUCAAAUUCAACUCGGUAUCCUUCAUAAAAAAACAUUGUUUUUCAACAUUUAUUCAUCCUUUUUGAAAUAAUAAAACAAUUUUAUUAAUUAUGGUAAAUCUGAUUUGGAAGUAAGAGUGCAUCUUUAAUAUUUUCGUAAAUAUCUAGUGAUAUAAGACUGCUGACAAAAGACUAUAUUGCAGUUUAUCAUAAAUAUGUUUUGAAAAUUAUGUUCUAUGGCUAAAUGUGUAACUUACAUUUUAAGAAAAAUGUUAAUUUCGGCAGUUUACCAAACAAUUAAGAGCUGUUAUAUUGUGAGUUAUCUAAUAUGUCUGGAUAUUGUUACUGUUAAUUUCAGCAGUUAACCAAUCAAUUAAGAGCUGUUAUAUUGUGAGUUAUCUAAUAUGUCUGGAUAUUGUUACUGUUAAUUUCAGCAGUUAACCAAUCAAUUAAGAGCUGUUAUAUUGUGAGUUAUCUAAUAUGUCUGGAAAUUGUUACUGUCAAUUUCAGCAGUUAACCAAUCAAUUAAGAGCUGUUAUAUUGUGAGUUAUCUAAUAUGUCUGGAUAUUGUUACUGUUAAUUUCAGCAGUUAACCAAUCAAAUAAGAGCUGUUAUAUGGAGAGUUAUCUAAUAUGUCUGAAUUGAAAGCAUUGAUGCUAAAAUAAGUAGAUUCUGAGACAUAAAAGUAAUAACUGUCAAAACUGACAAUCUGUGCAGCUGAGGUGCAGCUUUAACCUGGUGAAGAUUAGACCUUGUGUUUAUUGAUGUAGUCAGCAUGUUGGCCAUUGUCUAUUAUACAUGAUUGUUCAAUUAUGUUUAUAAAACUAUUAAUCAUUAAAAUGUUAAUCUUA